AGAUUUCGUCACAGUGCUCAGCAACGAUUGCCGCGAAACCAUGUUGCUGGUAACGUUAGGAGUUUUCGCCCUCUUCUCCCUUUCUAAUGCUGGGCUGCUGGGAAGGUUUGAUCCUAGGAUCGUGAACGGGGAGGACGCGAAACCAGGAGAAAUCCCGUAUCAAGUGUCCCUUCAAAACAAAGAUAGCUCGUUCCACUUCUGCGGUGGAUCUGUCCUCAAUAAAUAUUAUGUCAUCACUGCUGCUCACUGCUCCGUUCGCAAACAACCCGGGUCAAUCAAAGUUGUCGCUGGUACGAUAAAUUUAUCGAAGCCCGCUUCCGAGCAUAAUGUUGUGAAAAUCAUUGUUCACGAGAAGUACAACGAGACAGACUCUUGGAAGAACGACAUCGCGUUGCUCAAGGUCGACAAACCAUUCUCAACGUCGAAACAGAUUUCCUUCGUCACUCUUCCAACAGGAAAUGAGAAUAUCACUGCCAAUCAACUGGCGACGGUCUCUGGAUGGGGCAGAUUAUGGCAAGGUGGACCUACAACCAUUUACCUGCAACGCGUGAACAUUUUGAUCGCGAACCAACAAUACUGCAAAUACAUGUAUGAAAAGGAGGGUUUGAAUAUCUACGACUCGCAGAUUUGUGCGUACGAUCCAACCGUGGAAAAAGGAUCUUGCAACGGUGACUCUGGCGGUCCGUUGACCGUGAAUGGAAAACUCGUUGGUCUUGUUUCUUGGGCCAUGGGUUGCGCCCUUACCGAUUACCCCACUGUCUAUACCCGCGUAUCAGCCCACCUUAAUUGGAUCAAGGCACAUGCAGUGUAAAUCUGCCGAAUGGAAUGCGAAAUAAAAAUGAAAAGCGAUAAGAGUACGAGACAGGACUGAUGUUUUAACAAGAGCGAAAUAAUUUUAACAUCUUUGUAAUAAAAAUGACGUUUGUACUGUAUAGCUUAACUGCAAAUAAUGAUGUUUAAUCUAUUUAUUACGUCACACGAAGCAUUUACAAAAUAAAACAUAAUUCAGUGUUCUGUAACAUUAUCUCUGUGAAUCUAUUAUUGUAAUAAAUUAUAUUUCUUCUAA